AUGUUGAAUGGCCUUAAAACCUUGAAAGUAGCUUGUGGCGUGUGGCAUACGGUAGCUAUAGUUGAAGUUCUGAGCCAGACUGGUACAAGUAUGCCAUCUAAAAAGUUAUUUACUUGGGGUGAUGGUGAUAAAAACAGGUUAGGACAUGGAAACAAAGACACUUAUCUGUUUCCCACUUGUGUCUCUUCACUAAUUGACUACAACUUCCACCAGAUAGCUUGUGGUCAUACAUUGACAGUUGCACUCACAACUUCAGGACAUGUUUUCACUAUGGGAGGGACUUCACAUGGUCAGCUCGGUAGCUCAAUUUCAGAUGGUAAAUUGCCUUGUUUGGUUCAAGAUCGACUGGUUGGUGAAUUUGUUGAAGAAAUAUCCUGUGGGGAUCAUCAUGUUGCUGUGUUGACAUCUAGAAGUGAAGUCUUCACUUGGGGAAAAGGUUCAAAUGGAAGACUAGGACAUGGAGACAAGGAAGAUCGAAAAACUCCGACAUUAGUUGAAGCUCUAAAAGAGAGGCAUGUGAAGAGUAUAGCAUGUGGCUCUAACUUCACAUCAAGCAUUUGCAUCCAUAAGUGGGUCUCAGGUGCUGAUCAGUCAGUUUGCUCUGGCUGUCGUCAAGCAUUUGGUUUUACGAGAAAAAGACAUAACUGUUAUAACUGUGGUUUAGUCCAUUGUCAUGCAUGUAGUUCAAAGAAAGCUUUGAAAGCAGCAUUAGCUCCUACUCCAGGGAAGCCACAUCGAGUAUGUGAUGCUUGCUACGCAAAACUUAAAGCUGGAGAAUCUAGUUAUAACUCUAAUGUUUCUAAUAGAAAUUCCACAACUCCUACGCGGUCACUAGAUGGGUCGGUAAGACCAGACAGAGAUAUAAGAGCGUCAAAGAUCUUAUUGUGCCCCAAAACAGAACCUGUCAAGUAUUCAGAGGUUAGGUCAUCAAGAUCUGAAUCUUCUAUUGUCAGAGCCUCACAAGUUCCAGCUCUCCAGCAACUUAGAGAUGUUGCAUUCCCGAGCUCGCUUAGCGCAAUUCAAAAUGCCUUUAAACCCGUUGCCUCGACUUCGACGACACCUUCCUCAAGUACAAGAUCAUCAAGAAGAUCGAGCCCUCCUCGCAGUUCUGGAUUUUCCAGGGGCAUGAUUGAUACUUUGAAGAAAUCAAACGGUGUUAUAAACAAAGAAAUGACAAAAUUGCAGAGCCAGAUUAAAAAUUUGAAAGAGAAAUGUGAUAGUCAAGGUACAGAGAUCCAAAGACUAAAGAGAACAGCAAGAGAAGCUUCUGAAUUAGCUGUAAAGCAUUCUUCAAAGCAUAAGGCAGCAACAGAGGUCAUGAAAUCUGUCGCUGAACAUUUGAGAGAGUUAAAAGAGAAACUACCUCCUGAAGUAUCUAGAUGUGAAGCUUUUGAAUCCAUGAACUCUCAAGCGGAAGCCUAUCUAAAUGCGAGCGAAGCAUCUGAAUCAUCUACACCUAGAACAACCUUGGGAAUGGGUCAACAAGACCCAACCCCUUCUGCAAACACACGAAAUCAAAACAUAGAAGAACAAGCAUCAUCCAGUGGAGGUAGCAUGAGGUCUCAAGAACCCUCAAACAUAGCAGAGACAUCAGAAGCUUCAUCGCCGUCUAAAGCAGGAGGCAAAGAACUCAUUGAACAAUAUGAACCUGGUGUUUAUGUUACUUAUGUAUUGCACAAAAACGGAGGAAAGAUCUUUAGAAGAGUUAGAUUCAGGUACUUUAAAUUACUUCAUCAAAUCGUACGUCUCCUCCUCUCUAUCUAGGUUUGUGUAAUAUUGGGUUUCUUUGCAGUAAAAGGAGAUUUGAUGAGCAUCAAGCAGAAGAAUGGUGGAAUAGCAAAAAAGAUAAGUUGCUUAAGAGGUAUAGUAAUCAGGCUUCAACAUCAAGUCAAGCGG